AUGAUUCGCAAGUUGAGAGAACUACACUUUGACGCGCUAUGGGCUCAGGCAGAAACGAACAUAGGAGGACUCUGUGGCGAAAGAGUCAACACAAUCACUGUCACAGGCCUCAUUCAUUCAAAGACGACUUCUCAACCUCCGUCGGAUCACCCAAUCAAUACUCCUCCUGAACUCCCUCGAACGCCACAACAACAAUCCAUCAUGCCUUCGUCUUACGCAUCCUACUACCAGGAGAAGGGUUCCUACGCCCCGAGGCCCUCGACCAGUUCCACCAGCGCGUCUAGCAACUACGCUCAGUCCGCCCACUCGUCGCGCAGCUAUGGCAGCAAGCCAGCAACUGUCGUCAUCCACAAUGGCGGAGGCCCGAAGUACGACCCGAACAACUCGGGCUCCGCCCAGAACUCUGGCUACUACCCAUAGGAGCUGUUCAAGACUCCUUGUAGCGACUGUACUAGUCAUGGCAGGGAGGGAUGGAUACAACUAGCAGCCAUUGCUGCUUAGACAGAUUGUUACUUGAGCAUAGCGUGGGACGGUGUUAUGGUUGGCUUUAUGGAAUAGAAACGCAGGCUUCACAGCCAAUUCGAAAAGGAGUCUCUGGGCUAUGGAGCUCGGACGUUAGACAUCAUCAGGCGUUGGACAGCAUUGGCAAGGGUGGCUUAUAGCCGGGUUCCUUUUCGCGACAGUCGAACCGCCCUUGAUCUUGAACGUUAUGGGCUGCUG